AUGACGCCAAAAGAUUGCUCCUUUACUUUAUUACUUUUGUCAUCCUUUUUCAUUUUUAUCUUUCCUCCAAUCUUCUAUUCUUCACUCCUUCUUCCUUUCUACCCUUCACUCAUUCACUCAUUUCUUUCUUUCUUUCUUUCUUUCUUUCUUUCUUUCUUUCUUCCCGUUACAUAUUUCUCAUGCUACUUUUCUCCCUUCUCUUGUUCCUUCUUUCUUUAUCACUCUUCCGUUUUUCUGUUUAUUCGACUCCUUCAUUUUUAUAAUCACAGGAUUUUCUUUCUUUCUUUUAAUUUUGUAUCAACCAUUUCACAGAAAGGUAGAAAAGUUUUGUCGUUACAAUAUAAAGUCAGCAAACUUUACUUCCCCAUUCUUUCUCUCCAAACAUUUCUCCUUUGUCAUUGUUUCGUCCCUACUUCAUUCUCCUCUUUCUAUGUAAUUCUUUAUCUCCAACCUUUUCCUCUCUCUUUAUAUAAUAUUCUCUCGAACCCUUUCCCCAUUUCUCUUUAUGUCAUUAUUUCGUCUUUAUCCUUUUCUCCUCUCUCUAUGUCCUUCUUUUCUCCAUUCUUUUCCCCGUCUCUCACUAUGCCAUUCUUUCUUCUCCAUCUUAUUCUUCUCCUCUCACUAUGCAAUUCUUUCUUCUCCACCACAUUCUCCUCUCUCUCUAUCAUUUUUUCUUUCAGACCCUUUGUCCAUCUUUCCCUAUGUCAUUCUUUCUUCCCCAUCAUUUUUCCUCUCUCUAUGUCAUUCACUUUCUUCCUUCUGAUAGUUAUUUUUCUUUCAUUGGUUUUUACUUUCGUCUAG